AUGGCGGUCGGCUUGCUUCUGCUGAUAUGCCUGCUGUUCGCCGACCACGCCUUUCCUCAGAUUGCCGGUGCUGAAGAAGAGUGUUCUUCACCAGAACAUGUCACGUGUGAAAAUACCGGACGGUGUGUCUUUUCAUGUGACGGUAAAGAUGAAUGCACAGACGGUUCAGAUGAAAUGGAUUGCUGGAGCAAGGACUGUCCAAUACCUGACUUCAAAUAUGUCAGGUGUGAGAUUAGCGGAGCCUGUAUCCAUAAAGGAUACGUGUGCGAUGAUGGCUCGGACGAGAGAGAUUGUCCACCAUUCUGGGAGUGCCUUUUGUCUAUCGAUUCCAAGUGUGAACCCAGUUGUCCUUCCAUCCCUGACCGGUACCGCUGCGAUGGCGUCGUUAACUGCCUCGACGGGUCCGAUGAAAGUGAUUGUGUAUGCACCAAUGCCGAGUUCCGAUGUGAAACUAGCGGCAGAUGUGUGGCACCAUCGGGAGUGUGCGACGGGGUCCCAAACUGUGACGACGCGUCAGACGAACUGGAAUGUCAGACCUGUGCAGAACGGGGCAUGUGGCAGUGUAACAACGGUUGGUGCAUCAAUAUCGCGUCUGUGUGUGACGGGGACAAGGACUGCUCUACUGGGGAAGACGAAGAAAACUGUAAAGCUCCCUGCAAUGGACUCCAAUUGGAGUGUGACGGGGGAUGCCUGCCGAAAUACCGCGCCUGUGACGGGCUGGACGAUUGUACUAACGGGGAGGACGAGAUCAACUGUACAGUCGGAGACGUCCCACCUCCUGGGUUCCCGCUUGGGUUGGCAAGUCGGUACAUUCCUGAUUUUUUCAUCUCUGCCAGUUCCGAGUUCAAGCCGGAGUUCGCCGCCUCCCAGGCUCGGCACACGCCUCCGACUACACCAGGGUACUGCUGGGUACCAAGUUCUGUGGUCGACCAAUGGCUUAAGGUUUACUUUGGUAAAACGACUGACAUCACCGGCGUGGUCAUCAGUGGAGGCGGCUCGAACUGGGACCUGGGUAGCUGGGUGACGUCAUUCACUUUAGCCUUCAGCAUGGACGGCGAUUGGUGGACAGAUUACGAAGGCAGCAACAACACCGUGCAGGUUUUCCAAGGAAACCGUGACCGUUACAACAAAGCGAGUCGUCCUCUUCCUACUCCUGUGACGUCACGCUACAUUUGCAUAUUCCCGAUAGGCUAUGAGGGCUGGGUUGCCAUGACGCUGGAAGUGUACGUCACAAAUGACGAAAACACUUGGUUAACUAAAGAGGAGUACGUCCCAUUGGGAGUCGGACUAGAUCCGAGCAAUCCCGAGGCGGUUCCGAAGAUUCCCGAUCUCCACAUCACCGCUUCAUCACGAACUGACAACAUAUUGCCUUGGGAGGCACGUCUGAAUUACGGGAAGCUUCCGGGUAUGUCGUGGGCUACGAAUUUCUUUCAGGAGGACCCGGACCCAUGGCUACAGAUUAAGCACGACAAAGUGUGCGCGGUUGCCGGGGUGAUCACCCAGGGGGCUUACUUCAUGAAAUUAUGGGUCACUUCCUACAAACUGGCGUUCUCAGUGAAUGGUCAAACAUGGACACCGUACAGAAACCGCACCGGUGACAGCGACGCCGAACCGAUGGUUUUCAUAGGAAACAGCGACAGCUAUCGAUAUGCCCGCAAUCUGUUGGACAACCCGGUUCUUGCGCUCUUCACCCGGUUCUAUCCGCUCUCCUACCGUAUUAUGGUAGCCAUGAGGGUGGAGGUUCUUGUCAUAGAUGCAUUGCAUGUGAAGAGGUUCUACAAGAAGAGUGCGGUCUGGAAUGGACCCCCAAGUUAG